GCAUUUUUAGUACAGUUUUUCCUCUUCAACAAAACAAUCUUUUACACUCUGAGCACUACCAGUAGACCCCGAAGACCUGAAGACUCACGACACUGACGUAAAUCUGAGCACGUUUCAGGAAUGGCCAGAAAUCUUGGACGAUUUCUGGUUCUGAUUCUUCUGGUAUCCAUCUGUGAUGCUGCUUCCGUCUUUCAACCGAUCUCCGAUUCUCACCGAUCUGCGGCUCUAGAGCUCUUCACGCCUGUCAACGGAUCUUUUGGAAGUUUAGAAGAGACAUAUGAGGCGCUGAGAACAUUUGAGGUCUUGGGAGUUGAAAAUAAGUCUGAUGUAAGACAUGCUAGUUGUGCGUCAGUAUCAAAGACACUCGAGUCAUCCUCUUCUUCUCUCAAGGAUUUAUUCUUUGCUUUAAAAGUUAAUGGCAUCCUGAAAUGCAAGAUAAACGAGAAAGCGUUAGAGGGCAUAAUUUCAAGACUUAAAGCUGCCAUCAAUGAUGCAAAUUCGUUGCUUGACUUGUACCAUUCAAUAGGAAGUUUAGUGCUUAUGAAGGAGCAGUCAUUGAAAGCUGAUCUACAUCUUUCUGAUGCUAAGGGAGUUUUUCAUUCCAUCAAGGCUCUCAGCCAGAGUGAUGGCAGGUGGUGCUAUAGUUCUAGUAAUCCUCAGUCUAGUGCAUAUGCUGCUGGAAUUGCACUUGAAACGCUGGCUGGAGUUGUCUCAUUAUCAUCUUCUGAAAUUGACCAAUCUAUGAUUGGUGCACUAAGGAAUGAUGUGCUUAAGCUUUUUGAUGGAAUCGAGAAGUAUUAUAAUGGAGCCUCUUACUUUGAUGAGAAACUUAUUGAUUCACAUGAGAAUCAAGGUUCUAUUUCAACUACCUCAUCAGUUGUUAGGGGGAUAACAGCAUUUGCGGCAGUCACAGAAGAAAGUCUGAAUCUUCCUGGGGAUAAAAUACUGGGUUUGGCUAGAUUCUUCCUUGGAAUUGGAAUUCCUGGCGAUUCCAAAGACUUCUUCAACCAGAUAGACUCCUUAGCUUGCUUGGAAAACAAUAGAGUCUCCAUCCCAUUGAUUCUAUCACUUCCAUCUACGGUGCUUUCUUUGACUAAGAAAGACUCACUCAAGGUUCGGGUUAACACUGUCCUUGGAUCAAGUGCACCUCCUCUAACAGUCAAACUUGUGGGAGCUUUGGGUUCAAAGGACACAUCCCUAAUUGACAGCCAGGAACUUAAGUUCAAUUCUGAGACUGGAGUUCACAUCUUGAAUGAUUUGCCAAAGAGCAUUGAUGUUGGAAGUUACAUGUUUACUUUUGAGAUCGUGCUUCAUGAAUUGGAGCCUGAAGAGGUUUAUGCUACCGGAGACCAAACAAAAGUACCAAUAUUUGUCACAGGGAUUGUCAAAAUCGAAAAUGCAGAAAUUGCAGUACUUGACAGUGAUCUAGGGAGCAUAGAAACACAGAAACAGCUAGAUUUAGCUGGGAACAAUAUUGCAUCAUUAUCAGCGAACCAUCUCCAGAAGCUGCGCCUAUCCUUUCAAUUGACAACUCCUAGGAGACAUGCUUUUCAGCCACACCAGGCAUUACUCAAAUUGAGGCAUGAGUCCAAGGCUGAGCACAUCUUUGUGGUGGGAAGCUCUGGAAAACAGUUUCAGUUGGUUCUGGAUUUUCUAGGGUUGGUUGAGAAAUUCUUCUAUCUCUCAGGUAGAUAUGACAUUGAGCUCACCGUAGGUGAUGCUGUCAUGGAGAACUCUUUAUUGCGUGCUCUUGGCCACAUUGAAUUAGAUAUACCAGAACCGCCUGAGAAGGCACCCCAUCCACCUUUACAGCCUGUUGAUCCUUACUCAAGAUAUGGGCCCAAAGCAGAAAUAACACACAUCUUCAGGGCCCCUGAAAAGCGCCCUCCUAAGGAGCUAUCUCUUACUUUCUUGGGUCUUACCAUUUUACCUUUACUUGGAUUCUUGAUUGGGCUCUUGCGUUUAGAGGUGAACCUAAAGAACUUUCCAACAAAAGCUGCACCUGCUACAUUUGCUCUUCUCUUCCACAUUGGCAUUGGAGUAGUUCUGUUGCUGUACGUGCUUUUCUGGUUGAAGUUGGAUCUAUUCACAACACUGAAAGCACUCGGUCUCUUGGGAGCUUUCCUCGUGUUUGUUGGACAUAGAAUUCUCUCCUACUUGGCUGCGACAUCAUCCAAGUUGAAAUCUGCCUGAGAAGAAUGAAGAAAUUUCUGCUUUAGGGAUGGCAGCAGGACACUGAGAAAUUUUCUUUAUGUCGAACAUUUUAACUCAAUUUUGUAGGACUCCUUUCUAGAAAAAUCAAUUUAUAGUUAAGAAUCUUAGUUAAAGUUCUAACAUGAAAGAAUUUGUACACUUCGUCUUUAGAUACUACUCCUUGACGUUAUAUUCAAUCACUCUAUUACAGAAAAUGGAUUUGAAGCAUAUCUUUCUAGUGCAACAUGUUGAGUGU